CUCGGUCAGUGUGGCAGAAGCUUUAUAUCAGAUUAGUGUAGAACAAACCAAACCGAAAGUAAAACUAGAAAUCUCAAUCGAAUACCCUGACAACAGUGAUGGUUUACUGGGUGCUCUCCUUUCUAUGUGUUGGAUUAAUGCCAACUGAUGCUCGCCAUUUUGAAACUGCACAGAAAUCACAAGCGUCGUCCAGCAAUGAUCACCAAACAAAAGAACCCCCACUCUUCCCGGUCAUUCACAUGGAUAUAAAUAGCUUGAAACCACUUCCGGCUUUUGACGAACCUAUCGACCACAUCCGGAAAAGGAUCAGCAAACAUAACCGUAAUCAGCACGUGAGCACCCCGCUCCAACCAGCACAGACCGGUGGACAAACGGUUAAAAACAACAACAUUCCAAUGCCGCAACAUGCAACGGGACCUAUAAUGGCGCAACCUCCUAACCGUGUUGCUGCACCGCCUCUUCAUAUCCGCCCACCGGGAGCGAUGAAUUCUCCUCAACAGUUCAUUCACCGGCAACCUGUUGCUCAGCAACCUGUCAUGCAGCAAGUUGCGAAUAGCAACCACUUUCCCAAUCGACAGGUCACACGUGUUCCACAAAUCCAAAGCGGCCCCGUAUUCCACCCGCCAAUGGUUCUAAACCCUGCGAUGAGCGGGAAAAACCGCGCGAGUCCUCAUGUUGUGAUUCAAACUCCGCCCCAUCAGAACGCUCGGCCUAUACAAACUCAACCAAUUCAACAGUUCCAGUCUUUACCUAAUCAACCAUAUCUGAUAAAUGUCCAGCCUAUGCCCAUCAACUUGAAUCAAUUACCUAUUAACAGUCUGCCGCAAAAUCUACAAAUGCCAAUAAUGGGAAUGAACCAAAUACGAAACCAGCCUCUGGUCAUGCUUCAACGACCGGCACUUAUAAACACUGCUCCACAAAACAUUCAAAUGAUGCAGGGUCCGAUUGCAAAUGGACAAUCAAUGAUGGGACCACUCAGCAUUCAACAACCUUUGAUUCAGAACAACAAAGCCGCUGUCCCGCAAAUGGUGUUAACCAAUGGUAUCUUGAAUAAAAUUAAGUCCAUCCAGAAUCCAGCUUCUGUUGUUCCCAGUCCAAACUUAGUGCUGAAAACCCCUGCAAUGAUUGAACAACUCAAACCAGCUGUUGAAAAACAACAAGUCAAUAAUAACACCAGUACCGACAGCAAGCCAAAAAUUCCACAAGUCGUGGUCCAUCAGAAGGGAAACAGCUUCAAGGCUCCAAACAUUUUGGUGAAAAACAACGCAAAAAAGAUUCACAAUACAAAUCAAGGACAAAAGGCACCGGCCCCCAAACCUGCCACUAACAUUGAUAUUGAUAAAGUAAUCCAGCAAAACACAGCUCUGACGUCAGUCAACCAGAACCUGAUGAAAAUGGUUCUGGAUAAAUUGAAGCACACGACAAUCAACAUGCUGAAAGGGAGACUCAACAACAUGGCGUCUGGCGCAUCACAAUCAAGCAGUCUUAAACAAUUCCAGAAUAAGAUAGUGAAAACAGACUCAAGAAUAUCAAACUCCCCCAUACACCUUAUGAACAACGCAGCUACCAGGCUUGGAGUUCUCAGUGGUUUUCCGGCAUCGUUGGAUCCAAAACCAGUUUCUGUGUCGUUCAAACCGUCUGUUGGCAAAAAUAUACCUGAAGCGCCUGCUACUGGAACGAUCGCUCCAAGAACUAUAGAGAUUGUUCAUCAGAAUUUGAACCGUACCAUGCCAAAUAACAUGACCCUGGAACCGUUUACCGCGACCACGCAUAAAAAGAACGGGAAAAUGAGUAUCAUGUUAACAUCUAAACACACCGGGAACAGACCAAUCGUCAUCGAGGCAGCGACCGGCAACAUCCUGGUAUCACACGUGAAGGGCCCAGAUGGUAACGCCCAGUUUGUCAUUCAGCAUGCGCGGGAAACGACGUCCACCUCUUCAUCAACCUCGACGACCACGACGCCCGCCGCGGUCACAGAGGAGGUUGAAAUCGAGGCUGAGGACAUCAUCACCACUACCACCUCGACCACUUCUACCACUUCCACCACUUUACCUACCACCACAUCAACAGGCUUCAACAGUGUAACAACGACUGUACCAAUUGGCUAGGAAAGACGGAUGUCAUCUUAAUUCAUCUCCUAAAUCCAUAACUUCACCCUGUCUCAAAAGCGACUUUGCUCCUAAGGGACAAAUGUCGCAGCGAAGAGAUGAAGACUUGUCUGAGUAAGGUCGGAUUGAUUGAUCUCUCAGAGUGUAUGUGCAACCCGGUGAAGAUGUUGUUCUGAAAGACUAGCAUUACCAAGGAAAUCCAAACGUAGGCUUGUUAACAACGGCGUUGGGAUGCUUGAUGUCGAAGGACAAGGACGUUUCUAAUGACAACGCGUAUUGAACUAAUGUCAGCUAGCAACGGUGAUUUGAGAAGAGUUAAUCCUCAGAUGAAGACGGUUCAAAUGAAAGUGACUGGGAAAUAUGAAUAUGAUGUAAACGGGAGUGUAGCAUUUCAUAAAAUAUUACUUAUACAGUUUAUCAGCCCAACAAUGGGGCUUAGAAUAAUAAAUGGACCUUGAUUUAAAAUACAUCUUGGAUCAUUAUGAAGUAUAUUAGCAAUCUACUGUAAAAGAGAUGAUGUUGUAUACAACAAACAACUAUCUCCUCUAUAGACCACGAACAAUUUUCUCGUUAGAUAUUUUUGGCUAUGAAAUAUUGUUUAAACUUUUUUAUUAUAUCUGUUAUUUGAGUAAAUGUGACAGACAAAGAGGGCCAAAUUCAACGUUGUUUAAAAAGCAUCGCGUGCAAAAGUUGGAAAGCUUACUUAAAAGUUAACCACUGUUUUGGUAAUUUAUUAAGGGGAUUUUAACCUCCCAAUGAGUCAUAUAUGGACUAUCUGUGUUGUUAGAGGAAUCGGUUCCACCGUUGACCGUGCACCGUGAGUAAUCAGUUCCUUAUGACAGGUGUGUUAGACAGGUGUGUUAUCAGAGCUUACCUGUUGUCCGAGCGAUUCGACCAAGGUUUUUAUGAGGUGACAAUUCUUCGGGUUUUACUGUCGAAGAUGGACAUCUGUCAGCUGUAUGGGGAUAAGAUACGAAUUUUAUUGUCACUAGACGAGAGUGACCACUGCUUUUUCUCCUUGAAUCUGACUUUCUCCUCUUCAUAACUAUUCUAUAGUGAUUAAUUAUAGCUGAACUCUGUUUCCGAGCAAAAGACCCCUUUUUGUCAAGUGAAAUUACCAAAAAUAUGAAUCAGUUUUGCUUUUCAACGAUUUAAUCGUAAAACACGUUUGUUGAUGAAAAUACAAUAUUUAUAGAUGUUUAUAGAUGGUGUAGAGUUGAAAAUCUAUGAUUAUUCAACGUUCUAUGACCACGCUGUGUAUAGCUAUUUGCUAUUUAUGAUUUUUACUUGUCUCCAUAUUUCACAUUUUUAUUAAAACAUUUUGUUUAUGUUACUGCAUCAAAUGUACGCGGUUUUUAUUGAAUUGACAUACAUUCAUAAAUAUCAUUACAUUGUUUAAUGUUUCUAAAGAGAUAUACAGAGUGCUCUUCUUUGAGUUGACCGUUUUGGUGCUGUCUCUUUCAAACUAACUUUUUAGCCUAGCAUUGUAUAGCAUUGUGUUACCGAUAAUAUGAACUCUAUAGUGACUCUUCCAUGAGGUUGUCACUUGAUGGGCGUGUGUAUGUGUUUGUGUGUUUGAUAGAUUAAUUGGUGUUAUGUAACAAACUACAAAGACUUACUGAUAUGUGAUGUCAAUAAAAUGACAAUUAACGAAU